AUGGAGCGAACCAGCCGUGCGGUGGCGCUGGGCCUGGCCCUGGCCGCUCUCUUCCUGCUGUCGCUGCCCGGCGACGCCCGCGCCCGGCCUGGGGAGCGCAGGGUCGGGGAGCGCCAGGAUCUGUCGCCCAGCGACCCGCAGGUGCAGAAGGCGACGCAGGCGGCCGUGGCCACCUACAACAUGGGCAGCAACAGCCUCUACUACUUCCGCGACACGCACGUCCUCAAAGCGCAGAGUCAGCUGGUGGCUGGCAUCAAGUACUACCUGACAGUGGAGAUGGGGAGUACAGCUUGUCGCAAGAACGCAGUGACUGGAGAUCACAGCGUGGACCUCACCGUCUGCCCCCUGGCCACCGGUGCCCAGCAGGAGAAGCUGCACUGUGACUUUGAGGUCCUGGUGGUUCCCUGGAGGAACACCUCCCAGCUUUUGAAGAACAACUGUGUGCCCCAGGACUAG